AUGUCGAACCAGAGUAACGGUGAUAAACCUCCAUGUUUACCCCGGAAUGGACUUGUGAAGAUUCCCCAGGCCAAUGGACUCGGCUCUGCCAGCAUCACCAAAGGGACCCCAGCGAUGAAAAACCGCUUGUGCCAGCCUUCAUCUGUGCCUGCUCUCAUUGGUCCAGCCUUAGCAAAUCACAGCGACCUGCCCAUCCCCGGCCUGGCGCCGCCCUUGUCCUUGGCGGCUCUGGCUGGGGUGCCAUCUCCUUCUGGAGCUGCCAUGGUGGGACUGAACUCCAGCGAGCCUUCCCCGACAAACGGGGAGGUCACUUCCCCCAAUGAGCGGCAGCUGGCUGUGGACGAGAAGAUCCUCAACCGCUUGUUUGCGUACUUUCCCGCCUGCGAGAAGUGUGUCCUAGCCCAGGUCUGCAAGGCAUGGAGGAGGGUCUUGUACCAGCCCCAAGUUCUGGGUGGGCCUAACGCCGUGCUACACACCAAAGAGCUUUACAACGUCCUGCCCAAUGGAGACAAGGAGUUUGUCAACCUCCAGGGUUUUGCUAUCAGGGGUUGAGGGUUUUGCCUGGUUGGCGUCUCUGACCUGGACAUUUGUGAGUUCAUCGAUAACUAUCCUCUGUCCAAGAAAGGGGUGAAAUCCAUGAGCCUUAAGAGAUCGACCAUCACAGACGCAGGCCUUGAGGUCAUGCUGGAACAGAUGCAAGGGGUGUUGCGGCUGGAACUGUCCGGGUGUAAUGAUUUCACCGAAGCUGGCCUCUGGUCGAGCCUGAAUGCCCGCAUCACUUCCCUGAGCGUCAGCGACUGCAUCAACGUGGCUGACGAUGCCAUUGCUGCCAUCUCCCAGCUGCUGCCCAACUUGACCGAGCUGAAUCUCCAAGCCUAUCAUGUGACGGACACAGCCCUAGCCUACUUCACUGCCAAGCAGGGUUACACAACCCACCUCCGCCUGAACUCCUGCUGGGAGAUCACAAACCACGGGGUGGUCAACAUGGUGCACAGCCUCCCUAACCUGAGUGUCCUCAGCCUCUCUGGCUGCUCUAAGGUGACGGACGAUGGUGUGGAGCUGGUGGCAGAGAACCUCCGCAAACUCCGAAGCUUGGACCUGUCAUGGUGUCCUCGGAUCACAGACAUGGCCUUGGAGUACAUUGCCUGUGACCUGCACAAGCUGGAGGAGCUGGUGCUUGAUAGGUGUGUGCGGAUCACAGAUACCGGACUCAGUUACUUGUCCACCAUGUCAUCUCUUAGGAACUUAUACCUCCGUUGGUGCUGCCAGGUUCAAGAUUUUGGCCUGAAGCAUCUUCUGGGAAUGAGAAGUUUACGCCUCUUGUCUGUUGCUGGUUGUCCUCUCCUGACCACAACUGGGCUCUCGGGCCUUGUCCAGCUUCAAGACUUAGAAGAACUCGAGUUGACAAAUUGUCCAGGGGCCACUCCAGAGCUUUUCAAAUAUUUUUCCCAACACUUGCCCCGUUGCAUGGUGAUCGAGUAAGCCGCUCCCUGGAAGAAUCUGACCAUCAUCUGGAGCCAGGUCCUCCAAUCCCAACCCAGCACUGACCAACCAAUCAGAGUCAUGGUUUUAUUUAUUCAUUUAAUAUAUCUAUCUAUAUAUAUAUUUUUCUUUUCCGAGAGAUGCUGUGACUUAUAAACCACACAUGCACACCAUGUAUACUGAGAGAGAGAGAGAUCAACGCAACGUGUGGCAAAUCGUAAGCCAAGAGAUCGUGCGUAUGAAUGACCAACGCACUUUGCAUGUGCGUCCACGUCCCAUGAAGCCGUGGCAGUGGCAACUUGGAAGAAAUCCCUCCUCAAGUUUGUAAAAUCCCCAUGCCUCCAUCACCUCCCGUCUUCCUUGUAGUGAUCUGUCCUGAAAUCUUAAUUUUUGAAGAAAAAAAAGAUGCUUAAAAAAAAACAAAAAACAAAAACAAAAAAAAAACAAAAUGAAAAACAAACAAAGUGGUAUAUGGAAAGAAACAAGAAACCGCUGUGGCAGAUUGGCAAGUUGGUGGCAAGAGCUGCCGCCGCUCAGUGCUGGAUCAAAAGUGGUUUCCGGCCAAGUGCUGGUGGGUAGAGGUUCGCCUGUGUGUCCCCCGCCCGGUCUUGGGUGGGUUGUAAUGCAAGAAUAAGGGGAGAGAGACCCCUUGAUGGCCUUCCCAGGUAUGGAUUCUGGAUGGCCGAGCCUUCGGUUGAAACAGUCGGCGUUGUUCGAGGUAGAGGUGGAAACCUGAAGAAAAGAGAUAGAGGCAGGUCGGUUAAGGAUGAAUAAUGGAGCGAUUGCGGAUGCGUGUUGGGUUCCACCUCUGGAUUCCAAGAAUGGGACGCUGCAAUGAAGUGUUCAUAGGAGGAGACAAGGGAGGGAAGAAAAUUAUAGAAUAAGCAAACCGAUCAACGCUGUGAAAGAAAGCCUUGGCGCUUGUCCCCGUGACUCUUGGGAGACCGGGGUGGAUGGGUGCUCCCACAGGCAAAAGCUGGUGCAUUGACUUUAAGUCAUCUUCACAUGAAGAGAGCAAACCCAGGAGCAAAUGUUUCCCAGCAAAUGGAUUUAACAAACAGUCAUCAGAACAAUCCUGGCUGACCCUAAGGUCAUGCCAUGCUUGGCAGAAAGCCAUCUGCCUCCCUCUGAGGUUUUUU